AUACAUGGAAAUAAAGAUCGUUCCACACUUGAGAUAUCAGAGGGAAGUAGCGUGUUACUCUGCAGAAACCCUUUCACAUCACCCCAUCCAUAUUGCUAUAUUUACAUAAAAACACAGAGAGAGACGAAAAUGAUGUGGGAAGCUGGAGAAUCAACCGAAGGAGGAGGGGGUGUGAACGAAAAUGGAGGAAGUGGGAGGAGGAAGCCAUCGUGGAGAGAAAGAGAGAACAACAGGAGAAGAGAGAGAAGAAGAAGGGCUAUAGCGGCCAAGAUAUAUACAGGUUUAAGGGCACAAGGGGAUUACAAUCUGCCUAAACACUGCGACAACAAUGAGGUCCUCAAAGCUCUCUGUGCUGAAGCUGGUUGGAUUGUUGAGCCUGAUGGCACCACCUAUCGCAAGGGAUGCAAACCACCUCGCCGGGAAAGUGGAAUCAUUUCAACCAAUAUGACACCUUGUUCCGUAAAUCCUAGUCCACCAUCAUCAUAUUUCGCAAGUCCAAUUCCUUCUUACCAACCGAGUCCAUCAUCCUCGUCCUUCCCCAGCCCGACUCGACAAUGUGCCAACCCAUCAUCACAUCCAUUUGCAUUCCUCCUUAACUCUAUCCCGUCAUCUCUCCCUCCUCUCCGAAUAUCAAACAGUGCCCCUGUAACUCCACCUUUAUCAUCGCCAACUAGACGCCCUAAUCAAACUUUCAAUUUGGAAACUCUCGCAAAAGAAUCCAUGUCCGCGUUGAAUAUCCCCUUUUUCGCUGCUGCUUCGGCCCCGGCAAGUCCAAAUCGUGUUCGGCGCUUCACUCCAACAACCACUAUACCUGAAUGCGAUGAGUCAGACUCAUCUACUAUUGAUUCUGGCCGAUGGAUGAACUUCCAGGCAUAUCCUAAUGCACCCACCAUGGUUCCAACUUCUCCAACCUUUAAUCUCAUGAAGCCUGUGGCUCAACACCUUACUUCCAAGGACACCAUGUUGGAUAAGGGGAAGAGUACAGAAUUUGGGUUCGAGAAUGUUCCAGUGAAGGCAUGGGAAGGGGAGAGGAUUCAUGAGGUGGGAUUGGAUGAUCUCGAGCUCACACUUGGAAGUGGGAACGCUCGGAAUUGAGAACAACUGCACACUGGGUGGAAAUAUUGAUGAAUUUGAGUUUCUGAUUGCAUCCUGUGCCGAAAAUACUCGCAUUAAUCUCAUCGAAGUACCUGUCAAGUGAAACACUAUGAAUUUAACCAAUUUAGCAGGGAUUAGUUUUGAAUUGUUGUUGUAUGUUUCGGUGUUCCCAUUAUUAUUAAGCCCUUUCAAAAUAUUGGAGGAUUGCAUGUAGAUAGUAGUUUCUUCUCUCAUUUUCAUUCAGUAUUAUUAUUAUUUGCAUUGUAGACUGGUGAGAAUAUAUUCACCUAAGAACUGUUUUGAUGCUCGGUCUUAAUUAUAAUAAAUUUCAGUGUUUGGCAUACUGCA